AUGAUUGUUUUGUUUUUUAGAGGGAAAUAUUAUAAUUUCAAAUUAAUUUAAUAAAUUGACUUAUAAUAAAUUCAUGAGCUGUCUUAAUACAAAUAGAGAGUUGAUUGGUUUUCGAUAUUAUAAUCUUAAAGUGAUUUUUCGUCAUCUAAUUAUUCUCUUUCAAAAAUGAUUUUAAAUUAAUCAAUUUCUAUAUCUAAUUCUUAAAUUAUUAAGGCAUAACUUCCUUGAUUUACACACAUACAUAAGAAAAUUAAAUUUUAGAAAUUUAGCACGAUUGAUUGAUAUUUCUAAUAAAAGAUUAUUACCAAUUAUAAUUGAAAUUGAAUCAAAUCAAAUCAAGAAAUUUCAGAGAAAUAAUAAUAAUAAUAAAAAGUGUUAUAAUAAGAAUCAGAAUUAAUUCAAUUAGCUUAAUAUCAAAAUCCAACUUAAGAACAAUUAAAUUGUUCAUAAUGUGCUAGUAAGAAAAGUAAUCAAACAGUAUUAAAAAAAUUAGCAUUAAGAUGUGCUAUUUGUAAAAACUAUUUCCAUAGUUCAUGUUUAAGAAUUGAGUAACCUAAAAAAGUAUUUGUAGGUCCAGAAUGUUUAUUAAUUGGAAUAGAUCCAUUGCAUAAAUUAAAAGAAUCAAUUUUAGAUCCUGUAAUAUUUUAAUUGAUACAAGGAAAAGCGAAUUAAUUUACAUAAAUAUUUCAGAUGAAAAAGGGAUUACCUUCAGAACAAUUAAUAGAAUUGAGAUUUAUUAAGAUUGAUGGAUAAAACGAGGAUAUCUCAUGGCCUAAUUAAGGUGAUUUAUAGUUGAAUGAAAAAAUGAUUCAAGAUUUCAGAAUUAUAGUUUUUUGA